CAUUUAUAUUUUGGAUCAGCUGUUAUCUGUUAUCGUUUCAGCGCUUAUCAAAUGACAAUUGCCUUUCAGAUUUCUAACUUUUAUAGAAAUAAAAUAGUUUAUAAACAAUAAAAGCUUAUUUUCAAAAUUCUCGUUUUAAUUCAUGGUCUAAAGUUUAAAUAUCAGCAACCGCCUAAAUUCUUAGUGGAAAAUCAUAUUUCUGAAUGGCUUUAAGAAUCGGAUUGCCUCUGCGUAAAAACUACGCGAAAUUGGUCUUUGGUGACAUUUCUCCACUUCAAUCCAUUCGUUUUUUAUCUUCGAGCAAAAGUUCAGUUCCAAAAAUGCGUUUUGUACAAUUUUUGCGUAAAAAUGAUGAUCGUAGACGUCUUGGUGUGGUGUCUGAAGACGGUAGCAAAUUGGUUGAAUUAUCGGGUGGAGCAUGUAUUUCCAAUGACAUGGUUUCGUUUAUAUCCCAAAACAUUUCAAUGGAGGAAAUUCAACGUAAACUGAACGGUCUUCAAACUGAGGAAAUGACAGAUUCACACAUUCUUCUGCCGCCUUUAGUAAAUCCCCAAAAGAUAAUUUGCAUAGGAUUAAAUUUUAAAGACCAUUGUGAAGAACAAAACAAGCCAGCUCCAACGGAGCCCAUGUUUUUCAGUAAAUUUAAUACUGCACUGACCGGACCCACGGGAGAUGUGAUCGCACAUAAAAUUACUACA